AUUAGCCAAUCCGAUUAAACACGAACUCGUGAUUUCAUUAUAAAAAAAACAAAUAUAUUUUAUUUAAAUAGCGGAAAUAAUUUCCAAUUACGCCAGAAAAAGUUACUCUUGUAUUUAAAACACUACCAAUAUAAAUUUGUUGAUCCAGCGAGUUAACUUUUCGGCCGAUAUGGACGAUCAUUUGAGUACCGAAACAGAUGAGAAGUAUAAACUUUCGAAAAAGUACCACUUACCAGAAUUUCCAGUCUUCUAUAGAAAACAUUUAUUAAGUCAAGAAACUGAAGAAGAAGAAUUUAUAUCCCUGACUCUUCACAGAAUCUUUCAAAAUGGUCAAAUUAAAGGAAAAAGAUUACUCGACGUCGGAUGUGGUCCGUCGGUUUACAGAAUCGCGACUGCCAGUAGAUUUUUCUCGGAAAUUAUUCUUUCCGAAUACGCCGAAUGCAAUCGUAAAGAGUUGAAAAAAUGGCUGGAAAACGAUCCGAGUUCUUUGGACUGGUCUAAGUUUAUCAAAAUGGCGGCCAGAUUUGAAGAAAAUGGAAAUGCAAAAAUGGGAAUCGAAGCCAUCGAAUCGAGGAUAAGGCAGAGAGUGAAAGACGUCGUGCCGUGUGACAUCUUAAAUCAGCAAAUUUUGGCUAAAGACAUUGGAAAGUUCGAUGUUAUUUUUUCCGCUUAUUGUUUGGAAUGUGUCUGUCCUACGCCGGAAGCUUUCAAAUCCGUUAUUAAGAAAAUAGCCAGUUAUAUUGUUCGGGGUGGAGCUUUGGUAUUAAUUACUAUAAUAGAUAGUUCGCAUUGUAUCUACGUGAAUAACUCGGAGCAAAUUCAAUUUAACGAUUUAUCCGUGAGCGAAAAAUUACUUAAAGAAGCGUUAACGGAAGCUAAUUUGACCGUAAAACAUUGGUAUUAUAGCAAGGAUAUCGGAGAAGCUCCCAUGACAAAAUGCAGUGGAAUAGUUGUCUCGUCUGCCAUAAAGAGCGAUGAAAUGUAACCAACAAACACGAAAAACUUUUGCCACGAAAUUUUCUCUGUUACUGGAUUAAUAUGAUAUUAUAUUCGUUAUAUUUCUAUAAUCGGGAUUGCCUAAUGAACAUAUUGUGUAAUUAAUAAACUUGAUAUUUGUAUAUAAUUGGAGACACGCGUAGCUACUAACAUAGAUUUUUCGAAAUUUAUAUGUAAAAAGCAACCGGAUAUAAUUAAUUAGGGUAAAAACUGUUGAAUUAAUAUCUAAAACUUUGUGUAGAAAAUUAAAAUAAUAUCUAACCACUAUUAUCUAACGAUUAAUACGAAGAUAUUCUGUAUUAAGCAGCGAGUAUAUUUUUUAUGAUUUUGAGAGUUUUAUUAUUUCAAUAAAUUUGCAUUUCGCAUCUACAAUUGAGCUUCGGAUCUACGCAUUACUGAGAAACAAAUUACGGCAUUAUUUGCUGAGAAUAUUGAUUAUAUACACUAUAUAUAAUAAAUAACUUUGUUUACUAAUUACAUAGAUUUAUUUUGAUUUAAGAAACAAAUUUUGCAAUUGUAUUAAAAAAUAUUUCUGAUGGUGAGUGUAAAGGAUUUGAAA